UUUGCAAAUAAAGGAUGUUUUCAUUAGUUCAUUAGUUACAAAUGUCGUUAUUUACAUAUUGGUGAAUUCAGAUUUUUUUUAAUAAUGGGAUCGGGCUUCCUGAACGAACUAAACAGAAAGGCUUCAUGAGGUGUCACGACGCAGAAGUUUGCAGCUUGACAGCUUGAAAGUCGGAGCUCUCAAAUUUUUAAAUUCUAAGACUCGUUCGUUUAAAGAAUGAAUGUUGUUUGGAUUUUUAUCUUGUACCAUUCCGUUUUGGGUGUCCGAUGCACGACAGAAGACAACCUACCAAACUUUGUGCUAAUAAUGGUUGAUGACUUGGGCAUCGGUGAUCUGGGAUGCUAUGGAAAUACCACCAUAAGAACUCCCAAUAUUGACAAACUUGCUAAUGAAGGAAUGAAGUUAAAUCAUCACAUUGCUGCUUCGCCAUUAUGCACCCCCAGUAGAGCCGCAUUUAUGACUGGGAGAUACCCUGUUCGAUCAGGAAUGGCUAGCACAGGCAGAAUUGGAGUAUUUAUAAUAGCAGCUGCAUCAGGCGGACUACCAACUGAGGAGCUUACAUUUGCUAAACUUGCAAAGCAGAAUGGGUACUCCACAGGAUUUAUAGGUAAAUGGCACCUGGGUUUGAACUGUGAAAGAAGAGAUGAUUUUUGUCACCAUCCACUAAAUCAUGGUUUUGAUUACUUUUAUGGAAUUACAAUGACAAAUUUAAGAGAUUGUUCGCCUCAGCAUGGCACUGUUUUUUGUAAAGCAUCAGAGUUUAAAUUAAUUGUCCCAACCUUAGUCUUAAUUAUACUUUUGCAUUUUGUGGGAUUAGUGACUGUCCCAAGGAUGCUGUUACAGCUACUGGCUCUGCUCGUAACAAUUUCUGUCAUUGUUUUUGCACUUUUUGUUUUUACAUUUCCCUAUUUCAAUUGCUUCUUAAUGAGAAAUCAUCAGAUUAUAGAGCAGCCAUUUGCUGCAGAAAAUCUCACUCAAAAAAUGACAAAUGAAGCCAUAAAUUUCAUUCAGAGAAAUAGAAAACAGCCAUUCUUAUUGGUGUUUUCUUUUGUGCAAGUCCAUACUGCACUUUUUGCAUCUAAGGCAUUCAGAGGAAAAAGCAAUCAUGGAUUGUAUGGAGAUGCUGUGGAAGAAGUAGACUGGGGUGUAGGUCAGAUAAUUAAUAAACUUGAUGCCCUUGGCAUAAGUGGGAAGACUCUUGUCUAUUUUACGUCAGACCAAGGAGCUCAUCUGGAAGAAAUAUCAAGCCAAGGUGAUGUCUAUGGGGGAUCAAACGGUAUUUUUAAAGGGGGAAAAUCAACUAACUGGGAAGGAGGAAUUCGUGUACCUGGUCUUUUAAUGUGGAAGGGGGUAAUACAAGAAGGUAUGCAAAGUGAUGAACCAACCAGCAAUAUGGAUAUAUAUCCCACUGUUGUUUCUCUGGCUGGAUUAAAAGUACCCAGUGAUAGAGUCAUAGAUGGACAGAAUUUGAUGCCUCUUUUGCAAGGAAAGACUAAACGUUCUGAACAUGAAUUCUUGUUCCAUUACUGCAAUUCCUAUUUAAAUGCAGUAAGAUGGCAUCCAAGAGAAAGUAAUUCUGUCUGGAAAGCUUUUUUCUUCACUCCUAAUUUCUAUCCCAGUGAUUCAGACCUUUGCCUCGACACCCAUGUUUGUUUUUGCAUGGGUACGUAUGUCACCAUUCAUGAUCCACCUUUGCUUUUUGAUCUUUCCAAAGACCCAUCAGAGAAGAAUCCACUGACCCCAGCAACAGAACCACAGUUCUACUCGGUGUUGGAUGUUAUACAAGAAGCUGUUGUCAAUCAUUCACGAACUUUAAGUGAUGUUCCAAACCAGCUCUCUGUGAAUAAUAUCAUAUGGAAACCCUGGCUACAGCCAUGUUGCUCUUCUUUAACCAAUUUAUGUGUUUGUGCUAAAGACCAAGAAACAGCAACUUCUGAGAAAGACACUGAACUUAAAUAAAGUGAAAACGUACAGCUCCUUUACUGAGGUUGCCUGUGUCAACGACAGUCACAUAGUCUACGCUUACUGUAUUUUUAGCUGGAUUUUUAACAUUAGAAAAUGUGCUUCUUACAAGAAAAUAAAUUAACACUUAUUUGGGUGGGA